GGAUAAAAGUCAUAUGGAAACAAGAAAAACGCUACAACUUUGAGCAAAAACUGUAACUGCAGACUUUUUUUUAUAUAAAGUCUUGUAGCUUACUAAUCCUAAAGAAUCUACUCGCUUCUUCGGUUCAGUAAAGAAAGAGAGAGAAAAAAGUACAAAUAUUAGUUGUAAAGGGAACAGAUUUUAUAUAAUAAAUGAAGAAGACUGCAACAAGAAGUGUGUAUUCGUAUUGAUUAUAGAAUUUAAGAAACUCUGCAGUACUUUUUUUUUUCUGCAGACAGAGACAGAGAGAUAGCAUUUAGAGAGCGAGAAGGGUGUGCGUUUGGUUACGUGAGCUGUUUCUCUCCAUCUUUAACUCUCUUGUCUCUUUUAACAUCUUAUCUUCUCUUUCACAUUAGUAAUGAAGCCAUGAAAAUGGAAUUACUUUCAGCUUUCUUCUUCUUCUUUCUCAGUUUUGUUCUGCCUUCCUCUGGUUUAAACUCUGAUGGACUGCUGCUGAUGAACUUUAAGUCCUCUGUUCUCGUUGAUCCUCUGUCUCAGUUACAGACAUGGAACUACAACCACGAAACUCCAUGUUCUUGGCGAGGAGUCUCUUGUAAUAACGACUCCAAAGUCGUCAACUUGUCUCUCCCAAACUCUCAGCUCUUGGGCUCGAUUCAUUCUGAUCUGGGCUCUCUCCACUCCCUUCAAAUCCUCGAUCUUUCCAACAACUCCUUCAACGGGCCGUUGCCGGUUUCGUUCUUCAACGGAACAGAGCUCCGGUCACUCGAUCUCUCCGGUAACAUGAUCUCCGGCGAAGUCCCUUCCUCGAUCGGCGAUCUUCACAGCCUUCAGACGCUUAACCUCUCCGACAAUGCCUGCGGAAAGUUACCCGCUAAUCUGGUGACACUUGGAAACUUAACGGCGGUUUCACUGCAGAGCAACUACUUCUCCGGCGAGAUUCCCGGCGGAUGGAGAGAUGUUCAGUUUCUAGACUUGUCGUCCAAUCUGAUCAACGGCUCGCUACCGCCGGACUUCGGCGGAGCUAGUCUCCGUUACUUGAACGUCUCGUUUAACCAAAUCUCCGGCAAUAUACCGCCGGAGAUCGGUGAUACAUUCCCGAGAAACGCCACCGUUGAUCUCUCAUUCAACAACUUAACCGGUUCAAUCCCGGUUUUCCUUAACCAGAAAUCAUAUUUCUUUACAGGUAACCCGGGUUUAUGCGGCGACCCGGCUCCGAACCCGUGUCCGAUCUCUUCUUCACCGAUGUCUACACCGGCGAUCGCCGCAAUACCGAACACAAUCAGCUCAAACCCGGUUACUAAUCCAACGACGCAACAAACGAACCGGACUCCCCGAACCGGUUUACGACCAGGAGUUAUAACCGGGAUCGUCAUAGGUGAUAUCGCCGGUAUCGGAAUCCUCGCCGUGAUUUUCCUUUACAUCUACAGACGCAAGAAGAGCAAGGACAUCGCUAACAGCAACAGCAACGACAAGCAGAGAGAAGAAACAACAGACACGAUCACGUUAUCACCAUCUUCAUCUUCUUCUUCUUCUUCCUCACCAGACGAAUCAAGAAGAUUCACUAAAUGGUCGUGUCUACGUAAAGAGCCCGAAACGACGCCGUCCGACGAAGAAGAAAGCCGUUACAAUGCAGAUCAACGGUCAGGAGAUAGCGAAGGGACGUUAGUGACCGUUGAUGGAGAGAAGGAGAUGGAGAUCGAGACUCUGCUUAAGGCUUCUGCUUAUAUAUUAGGCGCCAAGGGGUCGAGUAUAAUGUAUAAAGCUGUUCUCGAAGACGGUACGGUUUACGCGGUUCGUCGGCUGGGUGAGACCGGUUUAACUCAGCGCCGGUUUAAGGAUUUCGAGUCGAAUAUUCGAGCAAUUGGGAAGUUGGUUCACCCGAAUUUGGUUAGGCUCCGCGGGUUCUAUUGGAGUACAGACGAGAAACUGGUCAUUUAUGAUUUCGUCCCUAACGGCAGCCUCGUAAACCCCCGUUACCGCAAAGGAGGUGGGUCUGCUUCGCCGUAUCAUCUACCGUGGGAAACUCGGCUCAAGAUAGCGAAAGGCAUCGCACGUGGGCUAGCUUAUCUCCACGAGAAGAAGCAUGUGCAUGGGAACUUGAAGCCCAGUAGCAUACUUUUGGGCCACGACAUGGAGCCUAGAAUCGGUGAUUUAGGACUCGAGAGGCUUCUCACUGGUGAAACAAGCUACAGCCGAGCUGGUGGGUCUUCUUCUAGGAUAUUUGGUAGCAAGCGUUCAAGGGCGUCUUCAAGGGACUUCUCGUCCAUUGGGCCCACGCCAAGCCCGAGUCCUAGCUCGUUGGGCCCGCUGUCGCCUUACUGCGCACCAGAGUCUUUCCGGAGCCUAAAACCGAGCCCAAAAUGGGACGUUUUCGGCUUUGGAAUGAUCCUGCUAGAGCUUCUCACGGGUAAGAUCGUUUCAGGCGAAGAGAUUGGGCUUGGAAACGGGCUGACUGUAGAAGACGGACACCAUGCACUGAGGAUGGCGGACGUGACAAUUCGCGGUGAGCUGCAUGGCAAAGAAGACUUUCUCCUCGGUUGUUUGAAGUUGGGAUAUAACUGUGCGUCUCCUGUUCCUCAGAAGAGGCCAACCAUGAAGGAAUCUUUGGCUGUUCUUGAAAGAUUCUCUCCUGACUCCUCUGUUGUUAAGUCUCCGUCGUUUCACUACAUGAAUCACUAAUUAAUGAGAUCAAUUUGAUCUCAUUGCUAACUUGUUUCAGUGUAUAAAAACCUUAAAAGUUCUUGUGUGUU